AUGUGCCAUGCCUCGUAUGCUAGGCAGCUCCUUCAUCAGUCCUGGUUCUCACGGAAUACCCAAAUCGCUGUGGCUCGGGUAGCAGCAACAACUCAAGUAAAAACAGCAGCAGGAACUCUGCAUGCCUUCAAUCAUGCACCUGUAGGGUAUCUUAGGAUGCCGCAACAACAGCAGGGGCGGUGUAUAACGCCUCGUUUGGCGGCCGCAUUCUUUCAUACGUGCACGGGAGAGCUGCUCGUCAGGAGCAGUGGGAGUGCGAGGAAUGGGGGAGAACAGGGAUUUUACACAGCUACUUUACCUAGCAGUGGUGCUGACAAACAGCUACGGCUGGAAAACAUUCGGCUGUUGAAGGAGCAAGAGUUGCAGCGUCUCCAGUGGCUGGAGAAGGUAGCUCGUCGACGCGAUUGGUUGCACAAGCAGCAAGUACAGCAUGAGCUGCAGCAGCUGUUUUACAAGGCAGAAGAAGGUCUGUUAAAUUCGGCAGCUGAACUCCCUGCACAAGUCUUGGACAAAGUGCUGUCGCCCUUGCUGCGGCAGCUGUAUGCGGCGGCGGCGGCAGCAGGCCAGAAGCAGCCAGAAGCAAGUACACUGCUGCAACGCCUCUCGCAAGACAUAAUUGCUCUCUGCAGCCGCAGUAAGCGGGGAGAGUCUCUUGGAGAGAGCAGCGGCUCCAGCAGCAGCACCUGCAGGCAGCGUGAGGGAAGCACCAGUAAACAGAGUCCCAGCAGUACAAAUGAAGGCAGUGGCAAUAGUAGUACCAACAGCAGAACCAGCAAUACCGGAACCACUAACAACGAUGGCGGAGGGGAGAGCACUAGAGACCCUCGGGGUCCUGGCCAUUCAGCAGCCCCUGGGAACAGUACAAGGCGGGUGCCUCUUGGCUUCGAGGCGUUUUACCCGAAAGAGGCCCUGAAACAGAGCGAAGGUAGUAGCAGCAGUAACAGCAACAGCGGCAGCAGCCGGCUUCCAUUUGUUCCUCCAACCGGCGGCGCCCUGCAGCAUCUGCUGCUUCGUAUGUGCAUAUGGCUGGGCAUCUGGGUGUUUGCUCUGUCGCUUUUGUCGAGAGUCGUGGAGCCUCAGCUGUCACUACAGGAGUUUCUUAGUUCAUAUGUCGCUCGAGGUUUGGUAGAGAAAGUCGUCGUUGUUGGGGAUAGGGGCCGCUGCACUGCUGUCGUCAGAGCACCCCCAACACCAGAGCAGCUGCAAGCGAUGGAACAACAACAGCAACAUCAAGUGAUGUUGUACCUACAGCAGCAACACCAGGUGCAGCAACAGGUGCAACAGGCAAUGGCCGUGCAGCAAUACCAGCAACAACAGCAGGAGCAGCGAAAUGACACGCAGCAGCAGGCUCAGCAGCAGUACCAAUUUUCGGUACUUCCGCCGCUGCAGCCGCCCAAGCUAACGGAUAUGCUCACUAAGAAACAUAUCGUCAGAUUCAAGACAGGGCUUACACCCGAAAGCUUCAUAGAAAAGAUGGAACAUUUCCAGGCAUCUCUCGGCAUACACCCGAAAGACUUCCUUCCAAUCUACGUCGAAGAGGGCUGGAAUUUGAGUCUUGGAGAUUUGGUAGCCUCUGCGUUCUUCUUUUUAAUUAUGGCCACCAUUGCCAGGGAUUUUCUUAUGGGAGGAGGUGUCAACCGGGGCGGGAGCGCGAGCGGUCUGAAUCGUCUGUUGGGAAACAGCAGCUCGAAGCGAGCUCGCAUUAAGCCAGAUACAGUCAAGGUUCGUUUCGCUGACGUUGCGGGUACGUGGCUUUUACAAGGCGGGCAUUCAACAGGACUUGCGUUGUUUGGGAGUUCUAGUUUGGAGUACUGCGAUGCCUGCUUGCUUGAGUUGUGGGGUGGAAUUCGCCACUCAGGUUUGCAUGAGGCCAAGCGAGAGAUUACAGAGUUCGUUUCCUUCCUCAAAAAUCCCACAGCAUUCCAGAAAAUGGUGGCAGGCGAGGCAGGAGUUCCAUUCUUCUCAAUUAGCGGCUCCGAUUUCGUUGAGUUAUUUGUAGGCGUCGGAGCUUCGAGAGUCCGAGAACUCUUUGAUGAAGCCAGGAAGGCGGCGCCUUCUAUUAUAUGGAUAGACGAGAUAGAUAGCGUUGGUGCUAGUCGCAGCACGCAGUUUGCGAAUAGCGAAAGGGAACAAACCCUGAAUCAGCUUCUCGUGGAGAUGGAUGGGUUUUCACCACAUGAGUCGGUGGUCGUCUUGGCAGGCACCAACAGAGAGGACCUUCUAGAUGCCGCACUGAAGCGAGCUGGAAGGUUCGAUCGGAGGGUGGUCAUCAACCGACCAGACGUUAAGGAAAGAGCUGAGAUAUUCAAGGUCCAUCUCCAACCUCUCAAGUUGUCUCCUCGUGUCGAUUCAAAUGCCCUGGCAGAGCGAAUGGCUGCGCUCACCCCCGGCAUGGAUUUUGAAUUGGCUGUCGAGAGGAUUAUCGCGGGUCUUCCCUCCAACACAAAAAACCUGAUGUCAGAGAAGCAAAAGAAGACGAUCGCUCUUCAUGAGGCAGGGCAUGCUGUUGCAGGGUGGUUCUUGAAACACGCUGACGUGGUGCUCAAAUUAACUAUCAUUCCUAGGGACAGCGGAGCCAUGGGAUUCAGUCAGCAGAUGCCGCCUCCUGUGGAACUCUAUGAGAAAGAUGCCCUUCUAGACAGAAUUGCCGUGUGUCUUGCUGGGAGAGCGGCGGAGGAGCUCUUUAUGGGAUGUAUAUCCAGCGGUGCCGUCGAUGACAUUGAAAAGGCCACUCAUCUGGCCCGUUUAAUAAUCAUGCAAUUAGGAAUGAACCCGAAAGUCGGUUUGGUCAACUUGAAGCGCACUCGACAAAACCCACAGGACCCCUAUCAGUUUUUCUCAGAUGCUACGGCGCAGCUCGUGGAUGAUGAAGUUCGCAAUUUGAUUAGCGCCCAGUACGAGCGAGUAAAGGAUCUCCUAAGGGAAAAGGAAAAGGCAAGGAUCCUUUGUGGCUUCACGGAACGGAUAGACUGUAUUUGCCCGGACUUUGUUAAGCUUGCUUUGUAG